CGGAUAUUUUUUUUCCCAUUGUGUUGUUUGAGUUCUGCUUGUUCAUUGACUGGUUUGGUUACUAUUCCCGUUCAGUGUGACAAAAGAAUAAUAAACUAGCAAAUGAGGAUAUCUGUGGACGAUUACCGAAAAAAGGAACUGAAGUGAUAGAAUAUGAUGAAAUUCAUAAAAUGGCUGAAAAAAAAAAAAAUUAUACCCGCAACCAUAAGGACUGAUUAACACUUCUCACGUGAAUAGUGAAAUGUGACUGAAAAUGAGUACCGACAUCCCCUUUAAAUGUGUAAAAAAUAACGUAAGGACAAACUCAGGAAGAUCGUGAUACGUGUCUCUUGUACAAAUACCCACACGUUAAUCAUGGAAAGACUUUACCUGGGGGCUUUUCUGCAUUUUAAAACAAGAGUACGAAAGGAGAAGAGAUAAUCAUUAAAGUAUGCCCGCCACUUAUGCUACCGUGAGGGUGAUGGUGAUGCUGGCGGCGGCGAUGGGGGCGGCAGGGGCGGGCGAGUGGCUAUUGAAAGCCUCGCCGUAUGCUAGAAUACGCUCUACGCCUCCUUCUAGGGUCUUCACGCCCACGGCCGCAUACAUGGAAGCCUUGCACGAGUCACCAGAGCGAGGCAUGAAGGCCCUGUCACCGCGAAUAAGGCCCCGCAAGACUUACCCAUCAGAGGAAGAGGUGUUGGCGAAGUCAUCUGAAGAAGAGAUUCUAAAACAGCUCUCCUCGUCCGAAGAAGAGACUUUAGCAUCCCUGCUGCCCCAGUCAUCGUCUGAGGAAGCACCCUUACCUCUGCCGCCGCCCCCUGAACAGAAGGAGGUCAUGGAGUCACGGUCGUCAAUAGUGACACAAACACCCUCAAUGCAGGAUACCACUACUACUACUACUCCUACGACCACAAAGGCGCCGCGUAGGAAAAUCGUCUCCAUCACCAGACAUUACCAGGGUGACAUUUACUCUUUAGAAGGUGGGCGAGGCUGCGGGUGUGUUGAAGGAGGGAUCGUGGGGCCGGAGGAGGGAUGCCAGUGUCAGUGUCCAGCGGCCGCCCCCACCUUCAGGGACGACACCUCCACCUGCGUCUCCGUCCUUCAUGAGUGCAUCCUGGCAGACUUCGUGAGUACCUCAGGCUCUGAAAAGAUCCCGUAUGUGUAUUUGCCACUCAAGCACCAGCUGGUUCACCCCACAGCAGAGGUGGCGCUCAGAGGACUAGAGCACGCAGGAGUCCCGAUCAUGUCGCCCGUGUGCGUGGUGACAGGCGCCAGUGUCCUCACGCAACGAGGAUGGAGGAACAUGGCUAAUACCUCCACGUUCGAGCCGCCAUUCAGAUUAUUCCGCGACGUGGGGCGCACCUUCGUGCAAUGGGUAGGGGAAGCAGAGGCUCGCCGGGCCGCGGAGGGACGCUUGGUGCUGGUCACACUUAUUUGCCGUGACGCUGCCCAGCCAGCCACGCCUGUUUUCCGUCCCUGCCUUUCCUUCAGGGUUGCCGGCAGCCCUGGGUCCGCUGGGGCGGCGCUGUCUGCUGCCACCCCAGCGCCAGGAGAUGGGGCUUGGGAAGCUCUGUCGUGGGGAGAUGGCGUUAUCAUCGGUCUGGUGGUCGCGUGCCUCACCAUCAUCUAUAUCGUCGGGAUGUCUGUCUUCAUUCAGUUCAAAAAGAAGAAGAAGAGCGAGAAGAACAUAGAUCGCGAGGAAGAAGAAGGAGGCUACAGAGGCGGCCGCAAAGGAGGCAGGGACAGGGGCAAUCCUCAGCAUGCACUGCCGAAGCCUUCCCUCUUAAUAGCCGCUGAUGAUAAUGAUGACAUUGAGGAUCUCUCGCUGGCCUCCAGAAAUCGCAGAGCCAAUAGGGAAAGGAACCGAGUUACGUUCACUUCAGCAAUGGUGCACAGUAACGGCGGGAUGACGGGGCCCAUGGCUGGCCACAGGAAUGGCGGAAUGGCGGGGCCCAUGGUUGGCUUAGAGCCCGCCGAUGGCCUGGAAAGGGUGCCUCGCUCUCCCCUGGCGGUAGUGACUCUGGCAGGAGAAGCGGAUGCAAGUGGUGUGAACAGAAAUCUCCCUGCUGGUGGGAUGAUGACCUCAGCAGAGAACCACGAGGCACAGGCGCGGAGGAAACUCUAUUUCAACCCCGCCUACUUCGAGCCGGAGUUACUGCAGACUCCGCCUCCUGCCGCGCUGGAAUUCCUCGCUAGAAUCCGCGAAAUGAUCACUGUUGCUAAGACCAAAAUGAAGACGAAAAUUUAUCAUCCGAGUCUCGGAGACAUUCCUGAAGAAGACUCAGACUGCCAGUCUCGUCCUGUAAGUCGCACAGUCAGUGGAACCACAGUGCACACAGAAGACUCUCAGGACUCCCAGGAAGAAACCGCCAAUGUUAGUGAUGCAACCAGUAUCCAGAGCGAUUCCCUAGAAAGACGACAGAAGGAAAGCGACAGCCGCAGCUCCACUCUCAAGCGGCUUGCGCAGCGAGUUAAUAGUCACGGGGAAAGCUUUGUUAGUGAGAUUAUCAAGACACUUGACCUCAAACCUCGCCUUCCUGCUUCCGAUGCUUCUUAUGUGUCGCAUCCUGUUACCAGAUCCUCUGCUGCACAGAAACCCGCUCCUCCACCUCCUGUACCUGUUAACGCUCGAAACUUGUCUCCGGAGGUUGAGGAUGACUUCCCGGAGCUGAUCAAGCCGUCCAUGCUACGCAACGUGCUCAGAGAUGGGAAGAGAUUGACUGACCUUAACAACACUUUCGAGAACUUCCGCCAGGAAAUGGUGGCGACCUUCCAGAAGAUGAAGAAAGUAGGGGAGGCCAUAUCACCUAAAUCCACCCUAAACAGGAACAAAAAGAAAUCCAAGGCAUCCCCCAAGAGCACGCUGGAGCGGUUGGAAAACGACAUGGAUGCUUCUGCAUCAGGUUCUGGUGAGGGCAAGGUACAAAAGUGGCUCCAGACACUGGACGCUAAGAACUCUUACACAAGGAUGACAGAGCAGCCUAAUAGCAUCCCGGAUUCUCAAGUGCCGACACCCGAGAAUCCUGACCAACCACCACCGCUGCCUCAAAAAAAUAGCAAACCAUCCACUCCUCCACGAAAGCAUCGAACACUCGCUUUCCGCAGUUUGUCUCUCAACGAGGAGAGGAAGACUCAUGACGAGUCCACUAGUCAUGGUAAAUCCUCAGAAGAUAAGCCACCAGUAACUCGGUCGUUGUCGUGGCAGAAUGAACACACCCACUACGGUUCCAACCCUCGCAGACGCCGACCUGAAAUUCCCCAGGCUCUUGAAGAUAACCUCAGUAAGUCUUUUUGCUCUGAGGAUGACUCACUCAACGAUCUGGUGAGCGAAGCGGAAUCAAAGGUACCGAAAAUGAUUCCAAGCGACAGUGAAAGUGUUUAUUCAGACACGAAGUCCAGAGCCAACGAUUCCCUCCAACGCAGGACGGAAGAGGGUGAGGGACAGUCUAAAGGCCACUUUGGUCAGCUUCCACGGGAGGAGGCAAUGACGGCGAGGAACGAAAUCUAUAACAAAUGGACGGGAACGAAGACUAUGUCACGUCUAGCCAGGAGUGUGAACGAGUCCUACGCCAAGGUUGUGGAUCGUUUGGACGAGAACGAGCACGACGACCACACUUACGAGGAGAUUCACAUUCCUACCGGGAACAAACAAAAAGUGAAAAGAAAAGCACCCGGGACACCCAACACCAGCCAGACUAGUGGUGAGAGACCCACAGAGUCUAAGAAACACCACGGUGAGGGAAGACAAACAAGACCACAACAAAAUUGCAUAGAAGGAAGUAAUAAGGAGGAGAGAAAUCAUAACGACCAUUAUGUGCACAGUAAACCAAACUCAAUGGUGAGUGAGGUGACAAUAGAUAAGUGCAACAGCCCCAUCUACUCCGGAUGCCGGGUGACAAUCCCUGUGGUAGACAACGUGGAGUCAGAAACUUUCAAUCAGAUAGCAGGAUUUGAUCAAGACACCUUGGAAAGACGCGGCAAAAAGGUGGAGCGUAGCGGUAGCAUUGCCUUGGAUUCCCUCGAGAGGCCGAAAGCUAAAAAGAAUAAUAAUAACAGCAAUGAGGAGCCUCAAGAGCCCCUGAGAAGUAAGCGAAGAAUGACAUUACCUGGAGACAUGCCCAGGAAAGGAGAUAAGUCCCUCUUGGACAUCUACGAAUCCCGGAGCAGUGUGAGGAGUACCAAGGCCACGGGUAAGGACUUGUCAGAGAGGACUUAUCCUCCGAUGAAGUUCACAAAUGUUCCAGGUCCUGUAAAGUCUGGUUCCUUUUACCUCAGCAAUAUCAGCAAUGCAAAUAAUACGAAUAUGAAUAUAAUCAACAACAACAACAACAAUAAUAAUAACAGCAGCAAUACAACACCCACUCCCAAGAAGUACCGAACCUUCAAAGACUAUCAGGACUUGAAGUUCCUACGGCAAUCCCUGGAGACUGAUGGCAGCAGCAGCGGCAGCACUAGCAGCAGUCCACUCCCCGUCACGGGCACCAGCAUCUGUGUUAACUUCCAUGACUCCAACUCCAACUCUAAUUCCAUGGAAGAGAACGAUAUCAAGCCGCCUUUACCACCAAAGCAGACUCGGAGCCACGAUUUCGUUUCAAAAACCUCCUCCGUCCCAUUGCCCCCGAAAAGUCAUACAGGUCCCCCACCCCUCCCACUAAAAAGUAGCAAGAAAUAUGAUGCAGUAGAAAAUGAGAUGGCUCCUCCAAGGCUGCCGGAAAAGUCUUACCGGAAAAGCUUCCAGGAAACGUCCUCCUCGCGGUCCUCCAGCACCGGGUCCAUCCCAGAGCUGACUGAGGAAGAGGCACGGGCAAUCUUGCACGGCCUGUUGGCACACCCCUCACAUGAAGGCCACAGACUGUCCACAUUGCACGAGGAAGAUGUGGGAGGGCCUUUUUUAGGGGAGGGGAACACUGCCGAUGACAGUAACUCUCAGGGCAGUGUUCCCUUCCUAGAUGCAUUCUCCUCAGGAUCUCUUGAAAGUCCGGCAUCAACACCAACUUCCACUUCGGCUGCUUCCCACUAUAAUGCACCACAGCCUCAGGAACAAUAUAUCAGUCUGGAAGGUGACCUGUGUCCAGAAGACACCACGGAAGAACCCCAGUCCCCGGGAAGUGAGGCAAGAGUGAGCGGAGAAUUUAUUCUCUCCACCAUCGGUCGUUCACCGACGCUUAGGCGCCAUUCUUCCCUCAGUAAGGAGCAGAUGAAUGGUUUUAUAACGAGGCAGAGAGGCACCGCUGACGGCGAAUAUCACGAAGAGGGCGAGCCGGAAGGAGCAGAGUUUUCUCUUGCUUUUAAAGCUAAGUCAGAUCUUGAAAAACAUUUCAAAGAUAAGAGUGGAGGCGAGAGUAUUAAGAGAACUUGGAGAAAGAUUCUAGAAAAAGUGGAUGAGCCGCAGGAAGGUCAAGAACAUCUUUCUGAGGCGCAGGUCCAACGGGUUAUAGUAGACAUGGGGCCCAAGAUCAAGCAAGACGAUUCAGGUUACCACAGCACCGAUUCAAGCGAGUCUGCUCACAGUAGGAAUCGCAGCCAGAAUUCCUCCUUGUCUUCCACCUCAGUUCCGAUGUCCACUCUCAGUAGCAACAGCAAACUGACGACCAAGAAAACGUCUUCCCAAAGUCUCACUCGCUCUGGUCUUCCCAGGAGAUCCGCGUCACUUAACAGGAUGGCUUCCUACUCCACCCUCGACUCCUUUUCAGUCUCUUCCAGUUUUCAGAGGAACAGUUUUAGAGCGUCCCUAAGCCGCAGUUUUCCUGGAGUCCUGGGCAAUUCAGGGAGUGCCUCACUGUACAUAAACAAUAAAUUUAUUCAAGAUGACGACGAUGACGACGACUCAUUCCCAGCUAGAAUAUACUGAGGAACAUCAGAGUACUGAACGCCAGCAAAUGUGGACUGAGGAGGCACGAUUGUCAUGAUGGAUUUUGGUCCUCUUUGCCAUAUUAGACCAGUCUCAUGCGUGAUAGUGUGUGAUAGUGUGUGUGUUAAUGUCGACGUAUGUUAUGUCCAAUCGUUAUCCAGUAUUAUGUAUGUAAUUUAUUCAAGGGGAUUUAUAUUAGAAGAUAGAUACUCAUUUGAUUUCGUUGCUUUUGAACGACACGAAGCAAACACUGAAACCAUUCUAUAAUUAAGUGUUAAUUUUCAUCUCAUUCUACUGAAGGAUUUUCAUUUUUUAUUUCUAUUCAAGGGAACACACACACACACACACACACACACACACACACACACACUGUCCUAGACGUAAUAGUAAGAACAUUAAUUAUAAAGUGAAACUGUAUUUUGAUAAGGGGAAAAAUAGACAAAAUUUGUUAAUCUGUAUAAGAGAGAUGAGCACACGUGAUUAUGUAUGCGUAUUAACCCCUACUUCCUGUAUGAUAUCCCAGUGUAUAUACUGUAGCUACGAUAAUACAGCCAAAUAACCAU